AUGGCGGACGACGAGUCUAACGAGCCAUCGCCGCCGUGCGUCGCGAUGCCGCCCGACUGGGACCCCGCGUUCGACCUCCUCCCCGGCAACGUCGUCGACGACGAGGCGUACUGCGUCCGCGCGCUCCUCGAGCUCGUGGACGAGGUGGUCGCGCUCGAGGCGACGCGCGAGGAGCUCGUCGUGGACCCGGACGGGGAGGACUGGUGGCGCGACCCGGAGGCCGUGGAGGCCGCGGGCGCGGUGACGAUGCUCGUGGAGGACGAGGUCGCCGCCAUCGAGCGCGAGGAGGAGGAGGAGGAGGAGGCGACGACGACGGAGAUGGCACGCGACGAGGACGAGUCGUCGUCCGCGGCGAACGCCAUCGCGUCCGAGCUCGUCGCGCGGGUCGCGGACGCCGCCGCGGAGACGGCGGAGGAGGAGGAAGAGGACGGCGACGAGGAGGACGGCGAGGUGGAGUCCGCGCCGAGGAGGUCGGACCCCGCGCAUCUCGAGCCGCUGCCGGAGCCGGACGACGACGACGACGACGCCGUGCGCAUCUCCCCGCGGUCGAACGAUUCCGACGCGGGCGACGACGAGGAGUUGACCGGGGCGUUAGACGAGAUGCACAGAGCGAUGGACGCGGCGGGGAUGAACGUCGACGACGUGGAGGGCGUCGACGAGCUCACGAGGACGGCGAUGACGACCGCGAGGGACAUGAUGGCGCAGGGCGGCGCGGACGGCGCGGAGGAUGCCCCGGACGCGUACGACGACGACGACGACGCCCGAAAGCGAAACGAAGAAGAAGAAGAAGAAGAAGAAGAACCUUCUUUCCGCGAUUCCCUCGUCGGCGACGACGACGACGACGCGGCCUCCUUAGUCGAGUCCACGGGCGAAGUCGGCGGCGACGACGCGCGCGACGGAGGCGCCGCGCGCGAAGCCGCGGACGACGCCGAGGGGUCCGUCGCCGGGAGCGUCUCGGGGGGCGCGGGCGCGCGCGGCGGCGACGACGUCAGACGCACGGACACGGGCGCCGACGUCCUGACCAUCCAUCACCCCGACCCCGACGACGAUGAAGACGACGAAGACGACGAAGACGACCUCGGCAUCUACGACGACGACGACGACGACGACGAGAACGAUAGCCACGACGGCCUCGACGGCCUCGACGGCGGGAUGGACGAGGAGGAUUUCAUCGCGUUCGGCGGCGCGCGGCUCGCGAAGGCGCCCGCCGCCGCCGCCGGGAACGUGUAUCGCCCCAGCCCGGUGAAACCGUCGAGAGACGACGGUCACGCUCGCGGUCAUGGUCACGGUCACGACGAUGAACCGGAACCCGAACCCGAACCCGGGGCCCAAGAUUCAUCGCCUGAACCGACCGCGGACGAGCUGUACGGCGAGGGCGAGUACGUCCACGCGCGGCGGCCGCCGCCGCCGCCGCCGGCGGCGCCCCGGCCCGCGGCGAAGCGCAAGUCCGCCGCGGUGAGAAGGCUCGAACGCCUCGGUCUCAAGCCGCGCUCGCCGGACACGGAGCUCGUCGAGCGGUCGAGCUCUUCGUUCCCAUCGUUCGACGACUUCCGGCUCGCGUCGCCGUCGCCGGGCGCGGGCGGCGCGCAGGGCGGGUACCGCCCGCCUUCGCGAGGGUUCGGGCGGAGGAAGGGCGUCGACGUGUCGCUCUUAUCCGACGGGGAAGACGACGACGGGGACGCCUUCGGCUUCGGCGCCGGCGCCGGCGUCGCCCGCAGUCGCCGCGACGACCACCGCGACGAGCGGGAGCAGGAGCUCGCGCGAGAGAGGGAGACGGCGCUGCGGGAGCGAGAGAUGCUUCGCCUGCGCGACCAAGAGGCCAGGUGGCGGCGCGAGCGACGCGAGCGCGAGGAGCGCGCGCUGCGACAAGAGCGGCAGCGGCUGGAAGACUUGAGGCGCGAGCUUCAGGAGAUUGAACUCCGGAAGCGCCGGCAGGAGGCGUUCGACGCGCGCGGACGCGAGGAGGAGAUGGAACUCCGCGCGAUUCGGCUGGAGAAUAAAAAGAUGCUGCGGAGAGUCGAGCAGAGCAGGAUCGCGGCCGCGCGGCCGCCCGCGCGACGCGCGCGGACGCCGCUGCACGACCGCGGGGACCCGUUCGGCGGCGGCAUGGACCGCGGGCACGUCCUCGGCGGGAUCGACUUACGAAGAGGGCGCAUAUCCAACGCCAACGCCAACGCCAACUCGAACCACCCCGGAGGAAGACGCGGCGGCGGCGGGCCGUACAAGUCAAAGUUUCAACGCGCCGCGGAGCGAGACGACGGCGCGGCGCGCGAGAGGCGAAGACGCGAGGAACACGCCGCGUGGGAGAAGUCCGAGCGGCAGCGCGCGUACUCCGAGAUGGUCUCCAGGCGACAUAAGCCCCACGUCAGCGAGCGCGCGAAGCUGGAGCUCGUCGCGCGCGCGGACCUCCCGCGUCCGGGGUUUGAAGAGAGCCUGGGUUCGCCCGCGCACGUGCUCAGGCGCGUUUUAUCUCACGCCGGUCCUCAUACGAACUCGUCCGCGCGACGCGGCAGCCGGGUGUCGCAGGUCAAGCGCGAACGGGCGCACGCGGAGCGGCGCGCGGAGCGGCGCGCGGACGACGCCGCGCGCGCGAGAAGGCGAGAGAGAGCCGCGAACGCGCGGCCGCCGAGUCAUUACCCCGGGUACGGGUACAAAGACUCCGCGGCGGCGGCGGCGGCGGCGGCGGCGAGGACGCGGAACCGAGCGGCGUACCGGUUCCUCGCGCCGCCGGACCCGGCGUUCGAUUACUACGCCCUGGACGAGCGCCCCGUCGGCGCCGCGGGGAAGAAUCACUCCUCGUACGACGUCGACUACGACCCCGUGCGAUACAGCGACGACGACGACGAGCGGGACCCGUGGGAGGCGCUGGCGUCGCCGGGAGACUACGACCACGACCACGACGACGGCGACGGCGGCGCGAUUGAUUUCGACGGCGACGGCCGCGUGAGUCCGGUAAAAUCCGGUCCGCAUCCGCCGCGCCGGUCCGCGUCUUUCCUUCCUUGGACGCGGCCGAAUCUCGGAGAGCGCGAUAGUAGCCCGCGCGCCCUCUUAAAGCGCGCCUUCGCCGCACGUUUCCCGCUUCGUAUCGCGCGCCACCGCGAAGCGUCGUCGCACUUCUCCCCUCGCGCCGCCGCCCCCCCGCCCACGCGCGCGCGCGACGAAACCGCCGCCUCCGGUCCCUCCCCUCCUCUCGCGAUGCCUCGCUCGUCCGUUUCGCGCGUCGCGCCCGCGCUCCUCGCGCUCGCGCUCUUCGCCGGCGACGUCCUCGCCGCGGACGCGGCCGUGUAUUACGGCCGCCACCGCGGCUGGGGCGGCGCGACGGUCGUUCGCCGCACGACGGUCGUUCGCCGGCCCACCUACGGCCGCGGCGUCGCCGUCGUCGGACGACGCGGGCUCCUGCAGGACGACGACGAAUACGACGCGUCGUACGAGGCGCCGGACGUCGAGGACGACGUCCUCGACGCCGCCGCGCUCGCGCCCGCGCCCGCGCCGGCGUCCGCCGCGGUCGCCGCGGACGGCUGCCUCACCGUGCUCGACGUCGUCGAGACGCGUCCCGAGCUGAGCGCGCUGCGCGACGCGCUCGCGUCGCUGCCGAACAUCCGCGCGGCGAUGGACGACGCGUCGCGGACGGACACGUUCUUCGCGCCGACGAACGACGCGAUCGACGGGCUGACGCGAUGGGGCGGCUUCGUGGAGCGCGCCAAGGGCAUCGACGAGAUGCUCGGCGACGUCUCCCUGAAAGCGCUCAUCAUCGCCUACCACGCCGUCCCGGGCGUCGCCUACGACGCGGCGACGCUCGCCGAGCUCGGCGCCUCGGGCGCGUCCUUCGUCCCUUCGUCUCGCGCACUAGUCCCCAUACGACCGCGUCGGCGUGGCGUCGACAACUACCUCGACACCGGCCUCGCGCGCAUCCUCGCCGCGGGCGACGUCGUGGACGACGACGCCGGCGGCGGCUCGUCCGCCGCGGAGCCUCUCGUCGUGGACGAGCACGAGGGGAACGUCUUCAUCAAGGGCAUCGGCAGCGAGGCGAAGGUUUUGACCGCGGACGUCGCCACGUGCGGCGGCGGGUUCGUGCACCUUAUCGACGCGGUGUUGUUGCCCAUCGACGGCGACGGCGUGCUCGACGAGUUUCAACAGCGGCGCGUGAAGGCGAUCCGCGACCGCGCGCGCGCCAUCGCGGAAACGCGGCGCGCGGCGAGGACCGAGGACGAGGACGACGUCGACGAGGACGAGGACGACGCGGGGACGGCGGCGGCGCCCGCGGCGGCGCCAGCCGCGGCGGGUCGCCGCGGACGCGGCGGCGGCCGUUCGCUGCUCCAGGCUGCCCGCGUCGACGUCGAGGGCGUGCUCGAAUCCGUCGGCGCGAUGGUGAACGAGAUCCAGCGCGUCGUCGAGACCGCGGACGAGGACGACGUUCGGAAGAUCGUGGACGCCGUCGGCGAGAUGGUCGAGGACGUGCGCGAGACCGUCGACGACGCCGACGCCGCCGACGCGCCCGCGCCCGCGGCCCGCCGCCGCGCGCUGAAACAGCUCGACGACGCGGACGCGGACCUGGAGAUGCUGAUGCCCGAGGUGCCCGACGAGUGGGGCGAGAUGGAGAUGGCGCCCGCGCCCGCGCCGGCGCCCGAGAUGAUGACGCGCCGCCGCCGCGCGCUGAAGCAGGUCGACGUGGACGUGGAGUCGCCGAUGGAAGAGGUCGACGAGUGGGGCGAGAUGGACGGGAUGGCGCCCGCGCCCGCGCCGACGCCGACGCGCCGCCGCGCGCUCAAGCAGUACGAUCUCGACGACUACGAGAUGCCCGACCUCGACGGCGACCUCGCGGGUAUGGCUCCCACGCCCGCGCCCGCGCCCGCGCCCGCGCGCCGCCGCCGCCGCCGGCUGCUGCAACGGGCGACGCUCACCGACGUUGGUGGGGCGAUCCAGACCGCGGGCGAGGACUUGGUCGCGCGCGUGGGAGACCUCAUCGCGGAGGCGACGGACGAGGACGUGAUGGACGGGAUGGCGCCCGCGCCCGCGCCGAUGAUGGCGUGA